AUGCUCAUCCAUCAUUCAUUCUCUCAUAUAUAUAAAGGAAGGUGGUGAUCGAGUGGGCCUCUGGGACAGAUCCGUAUCUGAGAAAAGUAAUAAUAAUAAUAAUUCUUUUCUUCUUCUUCUUCUUCAUUUGGCUCCAAGGAUUAGCUAGGUAGAGCAUUGCAGCAAGAUUGCUUAAUUGUUAUGGGCAGGCAACCUUGCUGUGAUAAGUUGGGUGUGAAGAAAGGGCCGUGGACUGCUGAGGAAGAUAGGAAGCUCAUCUCUUUCAUCCUCACCAAUGGCCACUGCUGCUGGCGCGCCGUCCCUAAGCUCGCCGGCCUCCGCCGCUGCGGCAAGAGCUGCCGCCUCCGCUGGACUAACUACCUCCGCCCCGACUUGAAGCGCGGCCUUCUUACUCAAGAGGAAGAGAAGCUGGUCAUUGAUCUCCAUGCACGCCUCGGCAACAGGUGGGCGAAAAUUGCAGCAAGAUUACCUGGGAGAACAGACAAUGAGAUCAAGAACCAUUGGAACACUCAUAUAAAGAAGAAGCUUAUAAAGAUGGGAGUAGAUCCACUGACACAUGAGCCAUUACAGAAAGAUGAUGAUGAAGAAAUGCUGCCACCAUCUUCAUUAUCACUACAUUCUGGUGAUGAUCAAAAGCUUAAACCUGCAGAGAAUGAUGAUGAUCUGGAAGAAGAGCUACCAAAAAUGGAAGAACAUCAACAGUGCUCUAGCAAGGAAGCCAUGUUUGCAGCAGGUCCACAGGUGGAAGAAGCUGAUUAUGACCCAUGGAUGAGCCAGUUAUUGUCAGACACAUUUUUCAACGAUCUGUCAUGGAGUUUUGGAGGAGAUGAAUGCAGUGACUUUGCCAUGUCAUCAUCUUCUCAUGGAAGCUCAUCAGAAUGGCUCAUGGAUUUGCAAGAUUUUGGUGAAGAUCAAAGCUGGGCAUUAUUGCCUGGUAAUCAGCCUCCCAAGAACAUGGACAUGGAGAUUCACACACAGGAUAUAAUAUAAGCUGGAAGUUCUGAUGAUAUAUAUGAUGGACAUGUGAUCAUCACGUGAUAUUAAUGUAUAAACAAUUUUACCAGUCCUGCAAACUUGAAGAAUAAGAAUACAAUAUAAAGCGUGGUUUGAAGGGGCUUAAA